GUUGUCGCGAAAUGGCCGUCGCGCCGAGCAAACUGCUGGAGCCGCCCCUGAAUCGGGUGCACUGCGCCAUUUUACACAGUCGACCGGGUCAAAGUUGCACGCAAGCUCUGCUCUGGAAUCUGUACCGCAACCAUGUGUCCAGUGCGAAAUACUAUUCACCCAUGUUACUGUUGCCCUUGCUCAUGAAUCUGCGGCGACUUUCUAAGACUAUGGUAUAUUCAGUGGUGAAAAACUAUGCCCAGUCCGUCAGCUUCGCCGCCUGCAUUAAUGCCAUCACUUUUUUACUAAUGUGCGUGGGCAGGCGUCUCAAUGGUCGAUUUGUGCUCAUAUGUAUGCCCUAUUUGCCCUGCUGGAUUGCCUCGCACCUGAGCUGGUUGAUGCCUCCUCAGGUUCUUCAUUUUUUUGUGACUGGGAUAACAUCCGCGGCCAUCGAAAGCUUUUUGAGGUAUUUUGACGUUGGUAUGGUGCAUUCUCGCUUUGCUCAGACUCUCAUAUUCAUGAGCUUAUCUGUGGUGGUCAUGUACUAUCAGCAGAUAAGGAAGUACUCCGGUUUCUGGUUCAUCCGACCGGCUUCCUUGCCCGAGGACUACAAGAAAUCGACGAUCUCCGGGUUAAUGAUGCAGGGUCUGAAGGAAUUAAAAUCCUACCUAGGCAUUGGACUGGCUUUGGAUCUACUCAAUCCCGUAAUGAAGAGAAACAUAAAGCUUCUGCGGCCAAAAAUGACAAGUUUCUUGGUGGGCUACAUAGGAUUGUUUAAGUUGGUGCAAUUACUGUUGUUGAAUAAUUUAGAAUUAAAACAGGCGAAUGGUCUGGCAUCAUUUAUAAGUGGCGCUACCUUUGCUCUUCUACCAAAUCGACUCACCUUCAUGUGUUUCGCUGUUGUAACGACCAGCCAGGUGAUUUGGCAACAGGUGUGCAAUCUUAAAUCCAAAAGGGAUCCAGUAUUAGCUGCGUUGCAAAGGAUACCCUGGGCGAGGAUGCUGAUACCCUGCAAUCUGGCUUAUCUGGUCCACAUAUUCUUUUACCACCAACAUCACCUAAACGAGAUUGCACGGAGUUUUAUAGACUCGACAUGUGAUAAGAAUGGUCAGCGAUUAUUGGAUCUUAUGAAACUUCCCAAUGUUAACGCAAUUUUAGAAACAGUGAAUAAGACACCAACAAAAUCGUUUUUGUUCUAAUUAAGAAUUUAACUGUGACAUAAAAUUCCUAUGAAUAAAAUAUGAUUUUAAAAAUGA